CGCACCCUCUCCCUCUCUCAGCUCCCCUCCCCCAGGGCAGGAAAGAAAUAGAGAGGAGUCCUCUCUUAAGGAGAAGGAUGGCCUCACCCCACAUGCACGAAACACACUUGCCCACCUGCUGGCCCUCAGCACGUUUGCACCAGGAAUAGCCAGCGACGGACUCACAGAUAAUGUCUAUGCUGUGCGUGCUUGUAUGCACACACAAACACACACACAGAACUGGUAUUGCCAGGGACCUUGAAAUGCCACCAAAAACAGAUACUGCUGGAUUCUCCUAAGAAAACAGUCCCUACCCCAACCUACCCCCAUUCUAUGUACCCAUUUCUUCUUUGAGGUGUCCUUCUCUCAGAUUAACCCUGCCCCCAGCUAGGGCUGAUACCCACUUUCUGCCCUGGAGGGAGCCACAGGGACUCCAACCCCACGGUACCCUUCACUUUCAAGCCUCCAGAGAAAUGGAAAAAACUACGUGUCCCAAGAGUCCUUGGACUGACUUCAACAACAGUCAACUUUAUUGGCAGCAAGACAAAAGAACAGAGGCGGGGAAAGGGGGCUCAGAGGCCCAGCAGUGAAUCCGCUCUUAUCUGUUACUUUCUUAGAAUCGGACCCCAGAGCCCAGGAUAAGAUUUUUCAGUUUAGCUUUAGUCCCUGACCAGGGUCCUGCCUCACGCUUCUCCUCAUAUUAUAUUUACCAUGACAAGGAUUUCUCUAGGCCGUAUUUCCUGACAAAUCAGAAAGGCAGUGUGUACAAGGAUAGGGAGGAGAUGAGGGAGGGAGGGGCAUGGGCCAGGUGAAGGCACGUUCAGACCCACCUUCUCUGUGCUGUCCUCCCAGGCUGGGUGGGGAUCGAGGGGCGCUCUCCGUAGGUGCUGGCCCACCACAGGUUUAUGUCCAUUUGGGGAGUGGUCUGGGAGACUAAGGGGAAAGUUUUGUGCCCUCUCGGGUUAUUUCUGACCAUUGAUCCAGGAUGGACGGAAGGACAGCAGGCCAGAAAUCGAUGCAUUAGCGCAGAUAUAGCUGCUGAGAUGGAGAGCUGGGGCCAGGACCCGGGGAGAUGCGGAGACAGAAAGGGGGUUGGGGGAAGCAGGGAGUGGAGGUGGUCUUCUGGGUCCCCAGGGCAGAGGGAUGGGCCCAAGAACGUCCACCCGGAGACCGUGGGUUCAGUGUAACGUGGCACUUUUGGAGGUGUGCUAAGUGGGCGGCCUGCAUUAUGUUACUGAGUGUGCGCGGGGCUGUGAUGCUUCCACGUGUACUUGACCUCUUCCCUCAGAUCCGGAGGCGCCGCCCCACCCCUGCCACCCUCGUGCUGACCAGUGACCAGUCAUCCCCAGAGGUGGAUGAAGACCGGGUCCCCAACCCGCAUCUCAAGAAGAAGGUGAUGAGGACCACACCCACAAUGAAAGAGCUCCAGAUGAUGGUCGAACAUCACCUGGGGCAACAGCAGGAGGGAGAGGAGCCUGAAGGAGCCGCCGAGAGCACAGGGACACAGGAGUCCUGCCCACCUGGGAUCGGAGACACAGCAGCGGAGUCGUGGCUAGGCACCUCUGGGAAAGCACACAAGCCUGCAGAAUCCAUCCCUAACACUCAGGAGAGGGGCAGUGAGAAACCCAGCACAGAGGAACCCUCAACCCAUAGACCACCAUUGGAUUCCAAGGGAGCCCGUUCGGUCUGAGAGUGAAGGAGGUAUCUUGGAAUCAAGACUGCAGUUGGGAAUGCACGGACACUGGAUUUGUUUCUUAUUUCUUCACUUUUGGGGAAAAUAUCUUGUUUUUAAAAGUGAUAAAUUUAGUGUUAAGUCCUUGGUAUUCUCCUUCUUUCCCAACUUGGAGAAUC